AUGGCGUCUCUUCUGUUCUCUCCCCCCGCUCUCCCCUGCUCCCGCUCCCGCUGCUCUCAAGCUCGCUCCACUCCCCGGAGGCGGCCUCGUGCUGGCGGCGCCGCCCUGUUCCGGGGGAAAUCGGACCGGAGAAAGGCCCCUGGGGGGCGACGCCUCGUGAUCCAUUUCGCCCUCGCUGAGUCGGACUCUCCCAAGGCCCUCGAGCAGGAGGCGCUCCUCCCCCUCCUUCAAGAGAUCGCCGUGAGAACCUGAGUAUGAGUAUCGAUUUUCAGAUGUGUGCGAUUCGGGAGUAGAAGUUGGAUUCUGAUCCCCGGGAGUGGCGACCUUAUUUCUGCAGGACAGCCUAGACCUUCCGGCGGAUUACCUGGAGAAGCUACCUCAGGACCUUCGGCUCGAUGUAGGCGUGAAGUAAUUUUAUCCUAUUUUCGCGAAUUUAUUGAAUUUUUACCGUCUUCUCCUGACAGUAAUAACCGAAAAUUCUGUCCUCUGCUCCUGGUGGAAGCUGAAUGACGCGGCAUUCGACCUCUCGAAUGGGCCCGUUUUCGAUGAGGUUAGUCGUGCUCUAGUGCUUUUCCCUCUCAUUUGGGAAAAUAGGGCUCUUCUGCCCGACUUUCCGCCAUAUCCACUGGUCAUGGUAGCAUUAUUUUGUCCAUUCCUAUCAAAGCCGAUUUUCGCUCCCAAGGAAACCAGUAAGCUGGAGGGCAUCCAAUGCACCUGAUACUCGUUAAAUCAUUCGUAUAGUCUACGGCACCUUGCAGCCCAUGCCCUAGAGAGCAUGUUUCUACAUCAUAUGCACUAAUACUGUUUUAGGCUCGGUUUUAUUUGUAAAAGAUAAGUUCUUACAGAAUCUAAUGCGCAUAUAUCUGUUAUAUCUCCAGUGUGGCCAAGAACUGGGGGCAUUGUUUUUGUCUCUUACAAGAUCAUGGGAAAAAGCUGAAACCUCCACUUCGUGUAGCAUUGCAAGCAAGCUCCCAUUGCUUCAUAAUUCGUUGAAAGAUAGUGUUAAAUCAGGCAAGGAUUGGAUUAUAUAUUUCUUUGUUGUAUGUUUGCGAGGAUUACAUGGCUCCCAAUUUAAUGUUCUCUCCUGUUCCAGCGAUCGGUAAACGAUUGUUGUCAGCGGGAAGGAGAUUUCAGGGCAUGGGACAAUAUGGAGAAGGAGAGCUACAAAGGGUAUAUGCCUCUGCGAGGACUAUCCCUGGGACAUUCUUUUAUCCUCAUUCAACUGUAUCUUUCCUAGAGGUUGUUCGGGAAUAUUUCAUUUUUUACCAUCUAAUUUGGAUUACCGAUUGCAUAUGAUUUCUUUUGAUCUCGGUCCUAGUCAAGUUUACAUUUCUAAUAUUCUCAGAAGGAUCAUAAUUAUCGAGACAAUUUCGGGGUGACUUUUGCAAGAAUAAUAUCGAAUUCAGGUACUGGAUAAUUAUAAUAUUUUUUCUCUGUUGCAAGCACUUUGUAGAAUGCAACUAGUGUCAAAUGCUGUUGAACUUAGUCGAGCCAUAAGCUUCAUUGUUUUCUGCACAUCAACAUUAUCAGUAAAUUUAUUUGAAAAUCUAUGGAAACAGCCAUCACAUGUUGAAAUACUUCACAUAUUUAUUAAAUAUUAUUUACACAUUCACAUUAACACCGUAAUUUUCGUUACAUGGCUUGAAAAACUCGAAGAUAUCAUCAAUGUAUUUUUUGUGUUUUACAAAAUAAUGGAAAGAGUGAUGGAUUCAAUGGAUUCCCUGUAGCUGUUCUGUUUUUCUUCCCAUCCUGGAUCAGACUCUCCGAUCAUAUCAUCUUAACCUUUUUGCCAAUGAUGUUUAUGCUAUACUUUCGGAGCAUGUAGAAUUGAUUUCUUCUAUAAAAGGGCAUUCAAAGACGACAGGGGGGGUCGCAUCUUCGGCAUCUUAGUUUUGGGAUAAAAAUGAAAUAAUUCUGUUUACAUAUCACGUUGGUUGUAGAUUGCGAGGGCUAUGACCAAGGCUGGGAAAGUUCUCUCUGCAACUUCGGUGACAUCAGCUGACCAAAAGCGUAUACCAGAGGCGAGGAUGCUGAAGGUGGGCUUCCUGGUCGACGUGGAUUUCAAAACAUUCUGGCUCAACGACUCCCAGUACAGUCAUGUCCUUCUUUUGGCAGCUUGAACUCUUUUUCUCACUCUUGAUCGCCCCCCUGAAAGCAGCCCGCUGAGUGAUUUCGGACGUAGAUUCUAUGGUCCGCAUCUAUUUCAAAUCCAGGCUUUAAUGGUGGUCAACUGCCCUGCAGUUUGGGGACUUACAAUUGGAGUUGACGCCAGAGAAGGCCAACAUUGGUGCUGCAAUAGGUUUCAUCUUUGGGUAUAAUUCGCCGAGCCCUGUUCUGAUUCUCCACUUCUUCAACCCAUUUAUGACACGAUCCAGUGAUCAUAUCUAACCUUUGGGUUUCGAAGGAUUCUUUCCUGGGGGUUAAGCCAAGGCAUUCAGAGCAUACCCGAGAGCUCGUUGCAGUAUGCCAAUGACAACGCGCUGCUGCUAGCCAAGGUAUGGGCAGCAAGACAGCGCCUCUGUACAGCGAGCAAUCUUCGGAUUUUUUUUCAGUUAUCUGAUUUAUUUAUUUAUUUAUUUAUUGAUUUAUAACAUUCCGCAGUCGCUGAGGGGAGCUCUGCUAACGAUGUGCUAUUCAUCUGCUAUAUUGUCUUCGAUUACCUCUGUUGGGCUGGUGUUCUUGGGAAGGCAGCUGGGCAACCCAAAGGACAAGUGA